AUGAUCGAGAACGGACCCGGCGGCCUAGCCCUGAAGGUGGAGUCGGCCGACCUGUGGCACAGACUCAAGGGCCAUAUCAACAGCAAGAGUUUGGACAUCUUGAGGAAGGCACCCAACGCGGAGUGUCUUGCUGUUGGGUAUGCUAGACGCCGACCUGGUAACGGCGUCAACAACGGCGUCAACCGCGAAGUUCGGAUCUCCUAUUCGUAUACCGCGAAGGGGGAGUUUCCCGACGUCGCCCACAAGGACGGCUCCUUCGGAUUCGCCGAAUACGCAUAUGCAGCAGGAACAGUCCAACCGGAUGUUCCAAAGACCAUCGAAGAAGCACGAGAAUCCAGGAACGCAGCACAGUGGAUCGCUGCGGCCGAACGGGAAAUUGCAAACCUUACAGAUCGCAAAGUUUACAAGCUCGUCCUGCGUUCGAACGUUCCCCAAGGGAGACGAAGGAUAAACUCCAGAUGGGUGACCCAAAGCGUUCGGGUUGUACUAUGCAUCACCGUUGAAUUCGACUUGAUCAUCGUUCAGAUGGACGUCACCGCUGCUUUCCUCCACGCGGACAUUCAGGAGGAAACUCUCCUAAACCAGGAGGAAACGCGACGGUACCAGGGCAUCGUGGGGUGCCUCAUGUACCUCGCUCAAAUACUGCGUUACGACAUCAUUCACCGAACGAUGCUAUACGAUGCACUGAUGGCGUUCAAGUCUGGGCUACAAAGCCUGACUGCUCAAUCGACCAUGGAGGCGGAGCUGGUUGCUGCGGCUCUGGCGAUGAAGGAAGCAGUGUUCUGCUCCAACAUACUGACUGAACUUGGAUUCGGCAAGGAGUUUGCGCAAGUACCGCUGUACUGCGACAACACGGCGACACUACACUCGCUGGGGAACCGCUCCCACAGCUCGAGGACGAAGCACAUCGCGCUUCGAUUCUUCUUUAUCCGAGAUCUCGUGUCGGAGGGAAAGAUCUUCAUCCACUUCGUCCCGACCGACAGCAACCCCGCCGACAUCGGCACCAAGCACCUCAACAAGGACCGCUUCCAACACCUACUCAACAUGAUCAAGAAUUUCAACGUGAACGACUUCAUCAACAGCAAGUUCAAAUAA